UGGAACUAUUUACAUGAACGUGAUAAUGAAUUAAACAAACAUCUGGACGAAGAUCAAAAGGAUUUAUCUGGGAAUUAUUAUAAGACUCCUGAACCUAUAGAACAAAUUUUUCUGGGUUCUUUAAACUCUUCUGGUUCCAAUGAUGAUGAUGAAGCAAUAGUUAAUAAGUUAAAUAAAUUUGAUUAUCUUACUGGACUGAGAAAGUAG